AUGCUAGCAGUUCACAUGGAUUUCAGCAGAACAACUUCGGCAGAUUGCUCAGGCAGUAUAAGCUUGUUCACUCAACAUAAUAAUUCUGCCAGUAAUAACGAUGCCUAUGCAAAUGCAGCAGCAAGCAUCGAGAAAUUGGUUUUCACAUUUUCAGAAGCUAUUCGUAAAGCUGGUUUUCAACAAUCAAAGACUGAUUAUUCCCUGUUAACAAAGGCAAAAGGAAAUGAUCUUCAAGAAAUUGAACGCAUAAAAAAGAUUCUUCUCAAAUGCUUACGCAUUAAAGAUCUUGGAGAUUUGAAGUACUUUUUAGGGAUUAAGUUUUCUCGUUCAAAGAAAUGCAUCUUUAAGUCUCAGAGAAAAUAUGCAGUAGACAUUCUACAAGAUUCAGGAAUCUUAGGAGCAAGGCCUGAAAAGUUUCUAAUGGAAAAAAAAUUGAAGCUAACUUCUACAGAUAGAGUUAUACUGAACAAUCCAACUAAAUACAAAAUAUUAGUUGGCAGAUUGAUUUAUCUCACUGUCACAAGGCCUGGCAUUGUCUAUUCCGUUCGAACACUUAGUCAAUUUAUGCAUGAGCCUAGAAAACCUCAUUGGGAUGCUAUUGCGCGAAUUCUCAAAUAUAUCAAGGGUACUCCAGGUCAAGUUUUCUUUAUUCCCAUCAAAACAAUGGAAAUAAGAUUUGUCAAUAAAAAAGAUUGCAUAAAAGUUGAAAUCUUAUGGACGAAACUCAUAAAGCCAUGUUUACCUACUCCCCCUCACCUACAACGUUACGAGCUCUCAUUUUUCGACCAAUUAUCUGAGAAAGAACACGUCCCGUUUGUUCUUUUCUAUGCUAAUAAUAAUAAUAAUAAUUUCAUCAACAACUCCACCAUCGAUGAACGACUCGAACAAUCCCUUUCAAAGAUAUUAACUCAUGUUUAUCCAGCAGCAGGAAGGUACGAUAAAGAUGAAUGUUCGAUUCUUUGUCUUGAUCAAGGUGUUUCCUACACUAAGGCCAAGGUCAAUUGUAAGUUGGAAAAUUUCUUAGAGAAAACACGCAAGGACCUUAGUCUUGCAUCUUUAUUUUGGCCACAUGUAAACAAAAAUAUAGAUCAAACUAAUUUAAUGGUUUCACCAAUUGUAACCGCACAAGUAACCGAGUUUGAAUGUGGUGGCCUAGCAGUCUCAUUAAGUGGUUCACACCCUGCAAUGGAUGGUUUCUCAGAUUUUAAAUUUCUUUUUGAGUGGGCAAGAGUGUGUAAAAUGGAAACCCCUGUUGAGAAGAUUAAUUUUCUAAGCUUUAAUUUGGGUAAUAGUUUUCCGACAAGAGAUAUAUCAGGACUUUUUAAGUCAACCUAUAAUCCAAGUAUACACCAAGAUAUUAUUGUUAAGAAAUUCGUUGUUCGUGAGGCUGCUAUGUCAAGGCUUAGAAAAACAUGCAUCGAUGAAGCAUGUGGAGCUUUGACUUUUCAACCAUCAAGGGUUGAAAUUAUUACAGCACUCCUAUGGAGGGCAUUCAUCCGCGCUUCGGCAACCAUAAAUGGGUAUGUUAGACCUUCUCUAAUGGACUUUCCAUUGAAUUUACGUUCUAAAACAUCUUUACCACAAGUGCACAAUUCUAUGGGGAAUUUUAGAAUCGAUGUUCCGAUAAAAUUCAUACCAGGGGAAACCAAGAUGGAAUUACACAGCUUUAUAAUAUUAAUCAGGGAUACGGUGAAUAAAGUUGUUGCUUCAUGUGCCAAAGCUUCACCAGAUGAAAUAGUGUCAACAUUGGUUAAUAUAUAUAAUGAAAGUGUUAGAUCACCAGAAUGGGGAGGUAAUGAUGAAGUUGACAAAGUUUUAUGUUCAAGUAUGUGCAACUUCCCUUUGCAUGAUACUAAUUUUGGUUUGGAAAAACCAGCCUUACUAUUUUUUGGUACGAAAGAUACGCAAAUGUUUUGGUUGCAUGAUACGGAUAUUCAUUCUGAAGUUGGUGUGCAAAUGGACUUGAAGGAAAGCUAUAUGCAGUUAUUUGAGUGUGACGAUGACAUCAAAGCUCUCACGUUUAUACGCGAUGCAAAUCUUUGAUA